AUGAUACUGCCGUACCUGCUCCAGACGCUAUGGGCAACUGCAUCCGCCCUUCCGGUCACGGGCUUGUUCGCGCGAGGCGGUCAAGCAUCCCCCCUAGAUCCCUUCUACAUCUCACCUGGGAACGUUCAAGGCUCGCCAUUGGGUACAGUGUUGCGAUCACGGACCUUUCAGCCGAUCUACAACGAUAGGCCACUUAAUGCCACGGGAUAUCAGCUACUGUACGUCACCCAAGGGGCCAAUACCACCAAAUUCGCCGCCACCACUACCAUCUUCAAGCCGACGCAGCCGAACGGUAACCUCAUCACGUACGCGGAGCCAUAUGACGCCGACUCGACCGCAUGCGCACCGUCCGCAGCAUAUCUCGGGGGUGGGUGGAGCACGACCUCGGAUGACGAGACACUGUACAUGAUCGGAUUUCUGGAUCAGGGCUAUAUCGUCAACUCGCCCGAUUACGAGGGUCCCGACUCGGCAUACUCUGCCGGUAUCCUCAGCGGCCAUGCCGUGCUGGAUAGCGUGCGAGCGGUUCUCAGCUAUGGUCCCAUAGGCUUAAAUGCCAACACCCAAGUGGCCGGGGUCGGAUAUUCUGGAGGCGCGAUCGCUACGGGCUGGGCCGCCGCACUGCAUGCAUCUUAUGCACCUUCCAUCAAUGUGGUAGCGUGGUCCGUCGGUGGAACCCCUGCGGACCUGUUAGCGUGUAUUCAGAAUCUGGAUGGAGGACCCUACGCGCGACUCGCCAUCGGAGGCAUCUUUGGCCAGUCCCAAGCAUACCAAGCGAUCGCAGACUUGCUCUCUGCGUCUCUGACGUCUAUCGGACUAUCUGCGCGGAACACCACUUUCAACGGUUGCAAAUCACCGACGGUCGCCCUAGAUUUUGCCUUUCAACACUUUCUCAGCACAGAGUACCAAUCCUACGGGAGUCAGCUGGUAUAUCAGCCAGCCUUUGCUGGCCCUUUGUCGCAGCAGCUGUUGGGACAGGAUCCCAAUCUGGUGCCAGUCGCCCCAAUCCGUGUCUUCCAUGCCCUGCAUGACGAGGUGAUACCGUAUGCCACCGUCCAGAAGAUGGUCAACUCGUGGUGCGCCAAUGGGAUCAAGUCUUUGAUAUUCGAAACGGAUGAAGGGGCAUCUGAACAUGGCACAGAAGAGAUAUUACAGCUGGCCAAUGUGUUCAACUGGGUCAACUCGAGAAUGAAUGGGACAGCGCCGCCGGUCGGCUGCCAGAUCACGACGACAGUGUUGCCAUUGCUCGAUGCGGGUGCCUUGCCUGCGGCCGUUUCUUGGGCCGCUGGCAUAGCCAAUACCUUGAUCACUAGCAAUACCACGCCGGUGGACUAG